UUCCGUUGUCAGGGUGAAGGGUCGUGCAGGGUUUCCGUUCAGGGCUGUGUGGUGGACGACCGAGUGUUUUCGGUUGCGGUUGGCGAUGUUGUGUGGGCGCUCCGUUCGGGCCUGGUCCGCCGUCCGGGCCGCCGGGUGUCGGCGGUUCGGUGUAGCUGUCGGCCGCAGGGCGGCUGCUGGACAAGAUGGCAAGGCUUCAAAAGUUCAAGAAAAUGCACUCCGCCCUCUGUACUUGGAUUUCCAGGCAACAACACCAAUGGAUCCAAGGGUGUUGGAUGCAAUGCUCCCUUAUCAAGUCAACUACUACGGUAACCCUCAUUCAAGAACACAUGCAUAUGGCUGGGAGAGUGAAGCAGCUAUGGAGAAAGCAAGAAAGCAAACAGCUGCUGUGAUAGGAGCAGAUGAACGAGAAAUUAUCUUCACCAGUGGUGCUACAGAGUCGAACAACAUCGCCAUCAAGGGUGUUGCAAGGUUUUACAAAGCUAAAAAGAAGCACAUCAUCACAACUCAGACAGAGCACAAAUGUGUACUUGACUCUUGUCGCAUGCUCGAGACUGAGGGUUUUGAAGUUACCUAUCUGCCAGUGAAAACAAAUGGACUGAUUGAUUUGGAGGAAUUGGAGAAAGCAAUUCGACCAGAUACCAGUGUGGUGUCAGUAAUGACAGUGAACAAUGAAAUUGGGGUAAAACAACCAAUUGAAGAUAUAGGUCACAUUUGCAAAUCCCACAAGGUGUUUUUCCACACGGAUGCUGCACAAGCUGUUGGGAAAGUUCCCAUUGAUGUGAACAAAAUGAAGAUUGAUCUGUUAUCUAUCAGUGGUCACAAGAUCUAUGGGCCAAAAGGCGUCGGUGCACUGUACGUCCGGCGACGUCCACGGGUCCGAUUAGAAGCCUUGCAAAGUGGUGGCGGGCAGGAACGAGGCCUGCGUUCGGGUACAGUUCCCACUCCUCUGGUGGUUGGGCUUGGGGCAGCCUGUGAAAUAGGACUGCAGGAGAUGGAGCUUGAUCACAAGCACGUGUCCAAGAUGGCCAGACGUUUGGUGACCAAGAUAAUGAAUGCGAUCCCUGAUGUUAUUCUCAAUGGAGACCCUGAGAGGAGGUAUCCAGGUUGUAUUAACCUCUCGUUUGCAUACGUGGAAGGAGAGAGUCUUCUGAUGGCUUUGAAAGAUGUAGCUCUCUCAUCUGGAAGUGCAUGUACGUCAGCUUCUCUGGAGCCUUCCUAUGUCUUGCGAGCUAUUGGAGCUGAUGAAGACCUGGCACACUCUUCAAUCAGGUUUGGUAUUGGACGUUUCACUACAGAGGAGGAAGUGGACUACACGGCAGAGAGAUGCAUCCAGCAGGUGCAGAAGUUGAGGGAGAUGAGCCCACUCUGGGAAAUGGUGCAGGAGGGCAUGGACCUGAAGAGCAUUAAAUGGUCUCAGCAUUAGAACUUCCUGGAAGAAACUGCUGCAUAUGACUUUUGUCAUGGUCAGUGACUUGUAAGAUGACCACCAGUGGGACUCUGCUUGCUGUCAACUGUGGAAUGGGUAGAUUAAACCAAGUGCAUCGGUAUACCCUCUGCUGAGUCAUUGUUUUAACAUAAAUGUGGUGAAUUCUAUCCUCUUCUGUCACAUUGGUAAAUUCAAACUUUUAAGCUAUUGGCAAACUUGGUAAGUUCUAGCUAUCGAAAGAAUACAUAAUCAGAAAUGAUUGACGUUUUAAGCAAUCUUGGAUACAGUAUGAAAAACUUUCGCAUACUCUGGUACCUAAUCUGGUGGCUAUCGAUUAGACUUGGAGACAGACCUGUACUAUUUGAUGCAGCACCUAGUGUAAUAUCAGAUAAAAGAAUCCUGUCAUCUUGUAAUCUUCAUACCUCUCUGGGGGAGCAGUUUCGUAUGGCCGAUGGUCUUGCAUCAACUUCACUACCCACUGGAUGAGUGAAGUUAGUUGGUGCUCCUGUGCUGCAGAUGUGUAUGGUUUCCGUUGGAUUCUUUCCUUUCAGUUAAAAGUGGUGGUUGGUCACACUGGUAGAGUGAUCUGCUCAAACUUUGUCUAGCUAGACUCCUGAGCUGGGCUUGUUGGCCCUAGAGGAAUGCUGUCACACACUGUAAACUUACAACUGGAAUCGGAGCGUGAGAGAGAAGGGAAGGCACAAAGGGAUGUCUCACAGUUUAUGCAAACAAACUAACCAAGUACUCAGAAUCUCCUGUGAGCAAUGCAAGUAAUUACACGCAUGCAAGUAAUUUCAGAUUACGGUUAAAACUUUUGUACUUUAUUGACUUGAAUGAACAGUUCUUGUGGUAGAAUAUGGUGACAAAUCCCAAAGCAGUAUACGGUGAUAUAUACUUACGUAAUUUCCUUUGAACUUGACUGUAUUUACAUCAAAUUAGCAUAAUUUUUUUCCCAAUUCCAAACUGAUUCAGGUGCUUGGUUUAUGGUAAAUCUCUCACUGAAGUUGGGGGUAGUGGGUGGGGGUGGGGGGAACGAUCACCAGACUCAGGAAACCUACAAAGGAAAAGUCAGUUUAGAGAUUUGUGGACAGAAAUUGGAAAGGAAAAAGCUGGGUGAUAGUGUGAGAGGAGAUGCUGAACUCCAUCAGCAUAUUUGUAGUGGGGAGAAAAACUGCCUUCUGGCAGUGUUUAUGGUCCAGCAGAAACUGGGGUUGAGAAGCUCCUGUACUUCAGGAGCAGGUGAGAUCUGAUCAUUUGUCGACCCUGUCUGUUAGUAAUACCGGAGUGACAUUUAUCUGCACCCAUAAAUGGGAAAAGUCGUAUCUGUGGCUUCACAAUGAUUUAACAAGACAAUGCCUCAGGCCCAUUUGAAAUUAGAAAGCACAAACUGCUCACUUCAUUCUUUGUUACACUGGUGUAAGAUUUGCUUUAUUUUUUAGAGUUGUCCCAUCCAUUUUAAAGGUGUCGAUUUGUACAUGGUGAUGACGUAAAUGCGUUUUUCUCACGUGAACGUAAGCGUGUGGGUAUGAAAAUAACUUGAGGACAGAGGGGCAUCAUUUGAUUUACCUUGGGUACCCAUAUGUUCACUGGAAGUUCAGAAGCCAAAGUCCCUCUGCUUUGUACUGGAACUAUUGCAUGGAUUCUCUGCACUGAAGCCUGGCUCAAGGACUUGUGAACUUUGCACCUAGAGCUAGACGGUCUCCCAGUGUACCUUCCCCUUAUCCUGCUAUUUUAGCUUUAAUAUAAAACACUCAUGCCUGGAGAAUGCCCAAAACAUUAAAAACAUAGAUUUUAAUGAAUAUUGAUUCCAGGCAAAUGAGCUUCAUUACUUGCAGACCUAGGAAAUGCUCUUUUCAAAGUCAGAGGACCAAAGAGCUGAGAUUUCAAAAGGGAUGAAAGGUAUCACAGAAGUUAUUGUCUCUUCCCAGGAAACCCAUGCACUGUGUGCAUGAUUCCAAUUAACUCAACCUGCCCUUGCUUGGCUAGACCAAUACUAAAUUCUUUUGCCCAUUCAUUACAACUAUUUCUAUACAGGUAUUUGAUGUUUCUUAACAACUUGGACAUGGGUCAGAAUAGUUGUCAGUUAAUCCUUGUAUCAAGAGCAAUCUUAAUUCAACAUAAAUUCUCCCUAUCUCCCAUUGUUCCACUCCCAUUGUUUCAAGGGAAUCAGUUAGGAAUGAGACAAAAGGAUACAGAUCCCAUAUCCAUUGAUUUGCCAGGAUCAUCGCCAUGAUCCUGGGGAAUUAAUCCCCAUUGACUUGAGAGAAAUUUAGUGACCAGAUAAUCCACCAGCCCACAUGCCUCUGACUUGAUCAGGAUUCAGUGUUGGAAAUGUCAUUGUGAAAAGUCCCUGGUUGUGUCUUGUUCACUUGCUGCUGAAGUGAAGCUGAAGGCUGUUCAAAUUAAGUCAGUCGCAACAGCUGUGAGUAACAACUUGAAAGGAAAAUAGGCAGUCCGCAUGCUUUGUCCCAGCACAAUCCAACUGAACUGAAAUUAUAGAACUCUUCUCUCUUGAUAACCUUUUAACUGCAAAAGUGAUAUUUCUCUGGUCUUCAGCUCUCUGCGGUGUUCACUUAUUUGGAGUUUCAUCAGUGACGAUGUGUUGGGUCAUGCUGCAGACCCACUGACAAUCAGGAGGGAAUGGGAAUAGCAUCAAUCAAGCCAAGAUUUUUCCUGUCUUCAGGUGGUAACUGUAAAGGAUGUCAGGAAGUUGCACUGAAGUGUCAACUUUCUAUGUAAUGUACCAUUAGUACAAUUUAUGCUUUCUUUUGUGUUUAAACAUAUUUUGUGUUCUCAAGGACCUUUCGAUCUGCUGUUUUGUUAACAUAACGUACGAGACCUCAUAUAUUAGAGGAUUACGUAACCUUGUGCUAUAGCCAUAGUUUCAAGCAGAUGUUUAUUAAUACUGUUACUCCAAUGUAGAGACUGUAUGUGUAUGGUAAAUAACAGCCAUUUUGCUCUCUGUAAGUUCAGUGGUGUAGUUUUGUAAUUACACAGAAUAAAACCAUUCUUAUCACGACUCAU